AUCCUCCUCCUCCUCCUGCUCCUCCUGGUUGGAGCGCAGUGUCCGGAGCGGGCUGGGGGGAGAGAGCCCGAGAGCAGGGUUUGGUGCCUUCUCCUCUGUCCCCAGCCGGUGCCCGGAGCCCCCCUCCCCUUCCUCCCCACCCCCUCCCCUCCCCAGCCCUGCCCUCCCCCUUGUCCCGGGAUCGCUCCGUCGCACCCACCAUGAUGGAAGACGACGGGCAGCCCCGGACUCUACACACACAAGCUAAGACAUAUGGUUCUAUCAUCAGAAAACAAUAUGGUGUUUAUAGCCUAGAUACGUAGGUAACCUCUCCAGAGAUGUGACAGAAGUCCUUAUACUUCAGUUAUUCAGUCAGAUUGGACCCUGUAAAAGCUGUAAAAUGAUAACAGAGCAACCCGAUAGCAGAAGGGUCAACUCUUCUGUUGGAUUUUCUGUUUUGCAGCAUACAAGCAAUGACCCAUAUUGCUUUGUGGAAUUUUAUGAACACAGAGAUGCAGCUGCUGCAUUAGCUGCUAUGAAUGGGAGAAAAAUUUUGGGAAAGGAGGUCAAAGUAAACUGGGCAACAACACCAAGUAGCCAGAAAAAAGAUACUUCCAAUCACUUCCACGUGUUUGUUGGGGAUUUGAGUCCAGAAAUUACAACAGAAGAUAUCAAAUCAGCAUUUGCCCCCUUUGGUAAAAUAUCGGAUGCCCGAGUAGUUAAAGACAUGGCAACUGGAAAAUCCAAAGGCUAUGGUUUUGUAUCUUUUUAUAACAAACUGGAUGCAGAAAAUGCAAUUGUGCAUAUGGGAGGUCAGUGGUUGGGUGGUCGUCAGAUCAGAACCAACUGGGCCACACGUAAACCACCUGCACCUAAAAGUACACAAGAAAAUAACACUAAGCAGUUGAGAUUUGAAGAUGUAGUAAACCAGUCAAGUCCAAAAAAUUGUACUGUGUACUGUGGGGGAAUUGCCUCUGGGUUAACAGAUCAGCUUAUGAGACAGACUUUUUCGCCAUUUGGACAAAUCAUGGAAAUAAGAGUUUUUCCAGAGAAAGGCUAUUCGUUUGUCAGAUUUUCAACCCAUGAAAGUGCGGCCCACGCCAUUGUUUCGGUGAAUGGCACUACUAUUGAAGGACAUGUUGUUAAAUGCUAUUGGGGUAAAGAAUCUCCUGAUAUGACUAAAAACUUCCAACAGGUCGACUAUAGCCAGUGGGGCCAGUGGAGCCAGGUUUAUGGAAACCCACAGCAGUACGGACAGUAUAUGGCAAAUGGGUGGCAAGUCCCGCCUUACGGAGUAUAUGGGCAACCAUGGAACCAGCAAGGAUUCGGAGUAGAUCAAUCACCUUCUGCUGCUUGGAUGGGUGGAUUUGGUGCUCAGCCUCCCCAAGGACAAGCUCCUCCCCCUGUAAUACCUCCUCCUAACCAAGCUGGAUAUGGUAUGGCAAGUUACCAAACACAGUGAGCUGGGACUCUAAACAAAAUUGUAAUUCAUGAUAGCUUCAGUUUCCUGUGACACUCUGAAGACAUGAAAGUAGACAUCGGAAAAUGAAAAUAUUUAUUUUAAAAAUUGAAAUGUUUGGAACCUUUAGCACAGCUUUGCUUUGGUGAAGGACACAUGUCUUCUAGUUCUGCCUUUUUAAGUUUUUGUUCAUGAUGGAUAUGAACAUGAUUUUUCUUUGUGUACAAAAACUAAAAUAAAGUCAAUAAAGACAA